UGUUGAAAAAAAUUUGAAAAUUGUUAAUUGUCAAUUGUUUGCUAAUUUCAGAAUCAUGUAUUUUUCUAGUAACAAGUUUCUAAUUAUUUUGUCAUCACUUUGGUGACUUGAUAUGUCAAAAAACAGCUUCAAAACUGAUAUCUUAUGUCACAAAACCAAGUGUACUACUGGGGAAUAUAGACCACCAUUCGCGCAGGCGCGAGUGGAUCAGUUUAAAACUGAGUUUGGAUAAUAUAUUUAACCUCAGUCAUAGCCAUAUUUGUUUUUUUAUUAACUAGUUUAUAGUAUAUAUUUAUUAAAGUUUAUUUAUGAAUAUUUCUAUGUGCAAUUGGUAUUGUUUCUUAAUUAAAAAUUUUAAUUUAUAACAUUAUUCCAUUAAUAAAUGUUUUUUGUUCGUUCGAUUGUAAGAUAAAUGGAAAUAAAUUAUCCGAUACACGGAUUAGUAACAGCCUUAUCUGAUAUAUAUUUAAUUAAUUAAGUAAAUAAAUAAAUAAAUUAACAAUGGCAACACGAAAUCUUACUGAGCCAUUUGUGCUUAUGAGAAAUAAUGCAUUGCAAAGUAAACACAUUUAUGCGGAGCAGAAUUUAUCUGAUCGCAUGGCGCUUGUUAGUUCGGAGAACAGAUCAUCUGACAGCGUCGAAUUAAAAGGAAUAAAUGGGAGCAAUUUGACAGCUCCAGCCUGGGCAGAUGCUCUCGAAGAAACUCAGUAUAUUUUAAGUCGUUUGAAAAUAAAAUUAGACAGUUUAAUUGAAAUACAUGCUAAGCAUUUAACACGGCCAACUCUUGAUGACACUUCCCAGGAAGAAAGACAGAUGGAACAAUUAACUCGCGAAAUAGGCCGCGCAUUUUCUAGCGGGCAUCGGCAAGUUCAAAUAGUUAAAGGAGCUGCAAGACAUGAAACACGACAUGCAGAAAAACAAUUAGCGAUGAGCGCUGUUCUGGCCCUUUCCUCAGCGCUCCAGGACUUGGGUAUCCGGUAUAGAACUGCUCAGAAUAAUUACAUCCAACAAUUGAACUCAAGGGAAGAAAGGAAUAGGCCAUUUUUUGGUGAAGAUCGAAUGCUGCCUGACGUUUCUGUGGACUCGUGGCCUGCGGAGUCACCGUCUAAUGAAAUUAAUGACCAGUUUUGGCAGCCGAGACAGCAGCAAAAACAGGAGACUGUGCUCUUGAUGCUUGAGGAUGCAGAAGAAUCAAUGAAGCAGGCGGUUGAAAGGGAGCAAGAAGUAAAUCAUAUUGUUCAAAGUAUAGCUGAUUUAAAUUAUAUAUUCAAGGACUUAGCUACUAUGGUACACGAUCAAGGUAGUAUUCUCGACCGUAUUGAUUACAAUAUUGAACAUACUCAAGGUAAAGUUCAGGAGGGAUACCAGCAAUUAAAAAAAGCUGAUUCUUAUCAACGAGCUAACCGUAAACUCUACUGUAUUUUUAUCCUUGCCGCGGCUAUUAUUUUCCUCAGUUUCUUAUUUAUUUUAUUUAAAACCUGAAUCUUAUUGCUUUUAUUCAUCCUCUUGGUUAUUUUCUGUGCAAUUUGUACUCAAUACUAAGCAAAUCUCAUUUACCACGAUACCCUUAUUAUUAUUAU